UUUGGUUUUUUAGAGCAAAGCAAUCAUCACCAAGUAUCUGAGCACAUCUGAGAACUCUCUGGGAAUCACUGAGUUGAACAUGAUCAACUCCUACUUGUGUUCGCUUGAUGUGGACACACUAAAGACCAUCACCACUAAAAGUAUCAGAAAUGCAAAACCCCUCAAUGUGACAUCUUGUUCACCCGAGCAAAAGAAAGUUCUCUAUGAGAUCAGUAACACUUCCUUCAGGACAUACCGUUACAGCUCAGACAACUUCUACGAUUUAGUCAAGGCCUAUAUAGGUGGAGCUCCUGUGGCUGAUGUCAAAAUACUGUCAGCACAAAACAUCAGCAUGGAUAUUGACAUUUUUAGGAGUCUCCAACUUGAAGUCAUCAAAGCUUUGACUGUGGAUGAUGUGCAAGCCCUCAUGGGUAACAGCCUGCGAGAUCUAAAGUUGUUUGAAAAUGACCCCAUCAUCCAGACCUGGGUCAAUUUGCAACCACAGUCGGACCUGAACAGGCUGGGUCUGGACCUCAUCAACAACAGGACUGAAGCCAUCACUGCAUCCCCCAGCUCAAGCGGAAAUACUCCAUCUAGUAAUCAGCCAUUAAGUACUACCACCAGUGGUGGUACUACUGGUAGCACUACUGGUAGCACUAGUGGUAGUACUAGUGGUGGCACUAGUGGUGGCACUAGUGGUAGCUCCAGUGAUAGCACCACCAGUGACGGGCAAGGUUCAAGCAUAUUCAAUGGAGUCAAACUCAUGACACCGUUACCAUCGCUGUUCCUGGCUGCUCUGCUGAUAGCUCUGCAACAAGUACUCCAGCAACCAGCUUGAGCUGACUUACUCAUGAUCACCGAGAGUCAACAAUGAUGUUUUAUCUUUUUGUUUUAAAUUUUGCUUGCAUCUUAAAAUUCCCUUAAGGUAAACUUGUAAUUAAGUUGUAUAACAUUAUAAACUGGAUCAUUUAACUUUUUUUUUCCUGUAACUAUACUAUAAUGAGCAACUUAUUUCUUCCUAAAUACUAAUUAUUUUGAGAUAAUGUAAACUAUUUAAAUUCAUGCAUAAAUGAUAAUCUACAAUAAUUUUAACAUAUGCAAAAUAAUGAAUUACCUUUUAAUCAAUGUAAUUUCUUUUAAACUCUUGUAUUUUUCCACACAUUUAUUAAAGCUUAUGCAAAUCUAAAGUUGUUGUGUCUAAAAUUGAGUAAACUGAAAUUCAAUGUUUAAUAUCAAGUCAAAGAGGAGCUUACAUGUUAGAAGCGCUAUCAUAAUGUUGUCUAUGGAUUGUUCAAAAGUGUUGUUUGCAUUCUGUAACAAAUUUAUUGUGUGCAUAUAAAUAUGGCAUUAAAAUAUCAACUACUUAAACAAAAAAUGUCAGUAUUGUACACAUGAAAUUCUAAAACUAAAUUAUAGAAAACCAAAUCCUAUCAAUCUCUGGAUCUGCUUUUACAUUUUCAAGAAAAGUAAAAACAAUUGAAUUUUAAUGUAAAAUUUGACAUCACUGGCUAAUGUCGGACUCAUCUCACACCCUCAGUAAAACUCAGCAUUGUGAUUUAAACGUCUAUACCAGGGGAUAGCAACGUUUAUGAGAUGAAGUUCCAACUUAAAAUUUUCCCAACAACUGUGCCAUCACCAACUAAUGCAAACUCUGUAGAAACAGCAUUUCCAAUAUAUCUGAGGAUGUAUUUAAUUCACAAAUAAUAGGUUAAAUAGUUUUUUUAAAUGUAUUU